AUGGGCUGGUUCUGGGCAGACGCUCCCGCGACCCAGCUCCCCCCUUCACAUCCUGCUGUCGGCCAUGGCGACUCUGGCGCAAAGCCUCCUGCCGGCUGUCCCAUGCACAAUGCCGACCCUUCCUCCUUCAAGGGCUUCAUGAAGCGCCCGACCGACUCCGCCGCCUCCUCUCCUCCGUCAUCAUGCCCCGUAAACCACAAGUCAUCAAAACCUCCGUCCGCCUGCCCCGUCGCCCACGGGAACAGCAGUGGCAGCGCACCCACGGAAGCCGAGCGAAACUCGGUCGCCAGCCUCAACCCGCUCAACUUCAUGUUCCGCGACCUGUCCCAGAAGCCCGCGGCCGGCCAGCAGGUCGCCCUGCCCACGGACCGCGACUGCUCGACGAUCCCGCGCGGCGACGGCGACGGCACCUGGGAGUACCCCUCGCCGCAGCAGAUGUACAACGCGCUGCUGCGCAAGGGCCACACCGACACCGACGCCACGGCCGUCGAGAGCAUGGUCGCCGUGCACAACUUCCUCAACGAGGGCGCCUGGAACGAGAUCGUCGACUGGGAGAAGCGGUUCGGGCGCGGCCUGGCCCGCGGCUGGGAGAUCUCCAAGAAGGGCGAGGAGAACGCCGACCUGCUGGCGGCCAGGAUGGAGCUGCGUGAGGGCAGCGAGGUGGCGCCCACGCUGGAGCGGUUCCAGGGCAGGCCGGGCGACAUGACGCCCAAGGCGGCGUUUGUGCAGCUGCUGGCCCGGCUGUAUCCCGCCAAGUACGGCACUCCGCCUCCCUUCGACCGGCACGACUGGUACGUCACCCGCAACUACAACGGCCAGCAGAAGCAGGUCCGCUACGUGAUCGACUUUUACAGCGGCGAGGCCGACGCCCACGGCGAGCCCGUCUUCUACCUCGACGUCCGCCCCGCCAUGACCGUCACGGGCGCUGCCGAGCGCCUGAUGCGCUGGGGAGGCGACGUCUGGUGGAGAGCGUCGGGCGGUGCCGCGCGCGAGAACCCCUCGGAGGAGUUUGCCAAGUGGCGGGCCAGCAAGGGCGGCAACUGA